UGUGUAGUGGGCCGGCCCUGCUUUAAACUCCUCAUACUUUGAAGUUCGCAAGUUGUUCUUGCAACUUUUUCCACGACCAGCACUUUCUUGAUUAGGUUUACGCGCUCCGUUUUGUUAUACGAUGUCUUCUGACCCUCGAUCAUACUGACGCGCGAUGGCUCCUUUUGGAAAAAACUUUCUGAAGGCGCGUUUGAAGAACAGGUCUAAGGUUGUAGAUGAAACACCAGGGAAAGAAAUCCAGGUUCUUGUGUGUCAAGAAGAAAAAGUAGUCUGUGGCGUUACCAAGCACACAACCUGCGCAGAUGUAGUCAAGGCUUUAUUGGAGGACCACCAGACUUUACCAGAUAGUAAGAAGUUAUUACAUGGGGAACCUAAAGACUUCUGCAUCCUUGAACGGUGGAAGGGCUUUGAGAGAGCACUGCCACCUCUCACUCGAAUUCUACGACUGUGGAACGCUUGGGGUGAUGAGAAACCUUUCAUACAGUUUGUCCUCAUGAAGAUCAGUGAUUUUGUGCCAUCAUCCAAAGGAGCCAAAAAAGCCUUGAAAUCUCGGGGAGUGAGGUCCAAAAGAUGGGAGCAAGGACCUGCACAGUACCCCAAGACUGUAUCUGCGGAGAAGCAGAAGCGCUUGGUGAAAAAAGCCUUCCGCAAAUUGGAGAAGAUCCAGAAAACAGAGACAUCAGAGGGAUCAGAAGAUAUCAGUAAGCUGGUGCAGCUGAUCAUCUCACAGGAUCAGACCAUCCGGCAGCAGAUUCACCAAAUGCGUGAGCUAGACUUGGAGAUUGAACAUGCAGAGAAACAGCUGAGGAACAGCCCCACACCUCACUCCAGCAUCACCGAGAGUGAUGGCAGCCAAUCGUUGUCCCAGUUUGACAGCCAGCUUCAGGAGUACCUGUACACCAGUGAUGGACUUGAGCAAGUAGAACUACAUGUUUGCAGGCACCAAGAACUCAUUGAUCAGCUCUCUCGGGAAAUUGACCUAGAACUGAGGAACCGGACUUCAGAUUUAGAAGACCUCAAAGGAGCAGCAGCUGCCAGUCCAGAACUAGAGCUGGAACCUAACCUUGCUUUGUCCUCCUCAGAUCUCUUAGAGCUGGAAAGCCUACGCAAUGAACUUGAGUCAAGCAUGAGUGCUGGGCUUUCCCUCAAUGCUCAAACACAGGAAAUCGAGAAGGAACUUCAGUGGAACAAAACAGCCCUGCAGUCUAAAAACCAAGAAUACCAGCAUCUGGUUACACAACUCAGUGCGCUUGAGCUGGGGGCCUGUUCAGACCAGUCUAGCCCUGUAUCUCUGAAGAGCCAGAUCAGGGCCACUGUCUCUCAGCAUACAGCAGGCAAGGUCAGACUAACAUGCUCCCCUACAGAUGCGACAGACACAGACUCAGACACUGGAAUAAGCUCCACUCAUAGUCAGGACUCGCUGUCUCCCUGUGUGGACAGGUCGCCUGCUCUGGAUACUGAUGUUUAAAGUUGAUCAUUAACCAAAUGUGUUUUUUAGACAUAUUGUAUUUAAUGACUCCAACAAGGAAACACACGGCUGAAAGGGAUAUUCCACCCAAAAAUUUAAAUUCUGUCAUCAUUUACUAAUGUUAUCAUUAGAUUCUGUCAUCUAUCAUCAUUCUCCUUUAUCUCAUUCCAAACCUGUGUGACUGAUGAUGAAUCACAAAAGGUAUUUUGAAGGAUGUUGGUAGCCAAACUAUUUUAGUUACCAUUGAUUUCCCGUGUGUGGACAAAAGCACUGAGUUCUCAAAACAUCUACUUUUGUCUUACAGAAGAAAGGCAUAUGGUUUUUGAACAAUAUGAGGGGGAGUAAAUGAUGACAGUUUUUUUUUAAUCCCUUUAGCCUCUGUUGUGCUAUUAUAUACUAUACUGUGUGAAUUCAUGUUUAUCAUCUUAUGUUUUUCUCUCUGUUAGAAUUCAUAUGCACUCAUAGUCUGAAUUAAAUAUGUAAAAUAACUUAAAAAAAAAAAAACAUUGUCAAUAAGCUGAAAAAUAUUUAAUUUGGGGGUUUCAUUCGUCUUUAAAAUUACCCCUCUGAUUUUGUUUAUUUUAAAUCCUGCUGAUAUUUAUUAAGCUCAUGUUUUCCACAAUUUUAAAUGUUUUUGUC